GCGUGACAGCACCCCGGGACCUCUUUCUGCUUUACCUCUGGGGGGGAACACAUGAAGCAUGACCGCAGCGCUCCACUAAUCCUGCUGUCACCUCACCCCCUGUCACCCACCAUGGCUUUGCUCCGCCCCUUCACCGCCCUCCUCUUCCUCACCGUGCUGCUUUCCUGGGCUGCGAGCCAGACCCCCCCCUUGCCCCUCUUGCAAGCUCUGCGGGAGCAAGCGCCAGGUAGCCAGGGCUGGAGGGGGGGCGCAGCCAGUGGGCAGCCCCUGCGCUACAUGCUGGAGCUGUACCGACGCGCUGCUGACCACGAGGGGCGGCCCCGGCGUGGCCGCAGUCUGAGCAGCAACACCGUGCGCCUGGUGCAGGCGGCUUCCCGUGGAGGACAGCCCUGGGCAGGUCGCUGGUACAUGCAGCCUCUCACCUACCAGCUGGGUGCCCAGCCUGAAGCUGAGCACCUUCUCCGUGUCACCGUGGCUUACCCUCAGAGCCUGCCACUGCCCCGCGGCCGCCUCCUGUGUGCCGUGGAGCUGCUGCCUGCUGCCAAAGCCCCGGCGGUCCUGCUCAGCCCCGCAGCCCCAUCCCGCCACGGCUGGACCGAAGCAGACAUCACCCCCUAUUUAUCCCCAGCAAAUAGCAGCUCCGGAGGGGCGCUGACCCUGCGGCACAUCUGCGUGCGAGCUGGUCGAGCCACCGCAGCCAACCCAGCGUCCCCUGCAGACCCUUUCCUCCUCCUCUUCCUCAAUGACACCCGCAGCGGGACGCUACCGGAGCCUCAGCGCAGCCGACGUGAGGCAGGGACGCUUCUCCACGACCUGCCCAGCUACCUACGGGAUGCUGGAGGGGACAAAAGCGAUUGCUCCCUGCGUUCCUUCCCCGUCAGCUUUGCCCAGUUGGGUUGGGACCAUUGGAUCAUCGCUCCCCAUCGCUACAACCCACGUUAUUGUAAAGGAGUGUGCCCGCGGCUCCUCCGCGACGGCUACCACGCGCCCAACCACGCCGUGGUGCAGAACUUGGUCCACCAGCUGGUGGAUGCCAGCGUCCCCCGACCCUCCUGCGUCCCCUACCGCUACAGCCCCAUCAGCGUCCUGAUGAUCCAGCAUGAUGGCAGCAUCCUCUACAAGGAGUAUGAGAACAUGAUCGCAGAGUCCUGCACCUGCCGGUAACCUGUGCCCGGUGCUGGAUUCUUCUUUUUG